CUCGACACCUAUAAAACCCUAGAAGAUAAACCGAGAGGUCCGUUUCAUUGUCCAAACAUUCACAUGAGAACCAUAUCCAAAUGGAGGACGUGAAAAUCAUCACGGUCUCCGAUCUACUCCGGUACGGUCGUCCCCACACCGGAUCAUCAUCUCCCAGCCCUCCGAUCAUCUCUCAUCGUAGCCCUCAACCGCCCCCUGGGCCUUCCAAUCCAAACCCUAGUACGAAGCGUAAUGCUCUGACUCUGUUGGGAGACGCGGCUAUUCUUGUUGGAACACUAACUCUCCCAACCUUAACCCUAAAAUGUCCCCAACAAAAUUGCCUCGAAUUCUCCGACGACUCCUCUGCCAUCUGCUGCGACAUUGUCGGACUUGAUCUCCGUAUCAUCGGUAAGAAAAUUCACGUUCUUACCUGGAAUUUCAUUCCUUCUAAGCAUCUUACUGGCGGAUUCUUGGAAAUUGUUAAAUGGGAGUUUCCAGAUUGGACUCACGGGCUCAGUCAAUGUUCCGGUUUAAUAAUUGAUUCGUUUCCAUUAGGUUCGGGUUCUAGUGAAUCCAAACCUCGCAAUUCUAAAUCCUAUCAAAUUAACGGCAGAUUAGAAUCAGUUAGUCCUGUUUUUGUUGUUCCAUGUUCAUUUAAUGAUUCAAGUUCGUGCAAUUCAACGAAUCUUCGAGGUUUUAUUGUGAGAAUCAUGGCUUGCGAAUGCAAAUUGUGUGAGUCUAAAGAGUCUGUUGGGGUUUUAUAUCAAGGACCGGAUUGCCAUUCUUUUACUGAACCGGUGGUUGUGUAUUUUUGUGAGUCUGCUUGGUGUUGGCAUCCUGCAAUGACAAAGCUUAUUGGGAAUGUUGUCACGAUCUCGGGAUUGAGGAAGAAGUUGAUUUUCAUCGGGAAGGAGGAGUCUGAUUUGAUGUUUGUUAUUGCGGAGAACUCUGUUUUGCAUUUGCCUAGAUUGUUGAAGAAAUGCGUACCCUUUUCUAGAAAUGUUGUAAAGGGAAAUGGUGAGUGUGGUUCUUAUACUGGCAUUGUCAAUAAUGUGUAUAUGCAAGGGAUGGUUGUUGAGCUGGACAAAGAAGUAUGGCUUUUACUAACUGAUCAGCUACUCAAGCCACCACAUGGCCUUAGGGUGGGGGCUGUUAUUUCUGUUAGAAAUGUCCAUUUUGUGAAUCCAAAAUUUUCUUGGGCAAAAUUGCUUGUUCUUGGGGCAUGCUUCAGGACAAGCAUCAAAGUAGAAUCAUUCUCACCAUUAGAGACAGGGUGUCUUAUGGUUUCACAGUCAGAGAGCCGGUUGGGGAAGUUCAUUGAGUCUUUAGCAUUUUCUACCAGGCUGUGGGUACUACUUCUCGUUUCAUGUUUCCAGAAAAAGUUCUCUGGGAUCUUAUCUGGAAAGAAGAUUUUGGGAUCAAAACAUAAUAAAGGACUCGCUCAAAUGUUUGCUAGCACACAUUUACCUUCGUCAGUGUUUCGAGCACGGCACGGAGUGUUAAUGGAAUUCAAUAAACAUGAAUCAUGUGGCUGUGCUACUGAACCAUAUCAUGGCAACCUGAAGCUGGUGGUAACCAUCUCCAGUUUUAUCCAUCAGUGUGAGACCCUUUGGAUAAAGACACUGUCACAACUGGAUAUUGUCCACCCAAGGUCAUGUGGAGGGAAACCUUAUCUACCAUCAAAAAGGAAGACUUUUAAGAGUGAAGACUUAGGUAUUGUUUUGGUAGGAAGGUUAAAGAUAUCUCCUUCUUCUGGAAGAUUGCAAUUGGUUGACAUGACUGGUAGCAUUGAUGCUAUUAUACCAGACCUUCCAUCAAAUUGGAAUCCCGACAGUAUAUUUGAGGUAAUUGAUUAUAGUCUAACUGUGGAAGGCAUACCUGAAUCCGACCAUUUAGGGUUAUUUAGUACUGAAUCAUUCUCAUGCAGAAGUAUCUUCCAGUGCUUUUCAUCAACAAGAACAAGAAACUUAAAAAUGUUUGUCUACUUUCACCUGUGCGAUGCAACAAGCAGAAAUCUUCCCUUUUAUCCAUCUUUAGACCGUCAGGAUGAAGUAAAUGAAACUGGAAAUGGAACAUUCCAUCUUAUCCACAUAACUCACAAAUUUCCUCCGCUGCAGAAGUUUAAAGGUGAUUCAAUGAUAUCAAAGAGGUCUAGUGUGUUUGCUGAGGCUAUAGUCUUACCAUGGUAUUUGUUUCUUGCUGGAAAAGAUGGAACUGUGCUUCCAAAUAAGGUUUCAAGGGAUUGUACUGGUGGUAACUGCUUAGAUCAUGCUCCUAGGAAGAGGCACAAGACUGAUUGUGCAACUAGUUAUGUGAGUCCAGGUUUCAAGGACAAUUUGGGCUGUGCUAGCUGUGAAAAAAGCACUUGUUCUUCUAGGGAGACCUGUGGUUAUCAGAGUUGUCUGAGAAUGAAUUUUUCUCAUGAAAUUCCAUGCUUGGCUACCAUACAAGGUGUUAAUAAUUUUAUCUUUACUAGUUCAGGGUUUUUGUAUAGAACAGAGGCCAAUGCAAAGAUUACAGUUUGCAAAGACAGUGCAGAUAAAAUUUUGCUGGAGUUCACAUCUGGGAGUGAUUUGAAGUAUCAGUUAUUGCAGAUUGGUGGUUUUUACUUAAUGAAGCACCAUAUGGAAGACCCCUUCUGUAAUAUUAAGAAGAAUGAUAAUUUCAGUGGUUUUAAAGUUCUCAUGAGUUCUGGAACAUACUUGCGAAGAGUUUCGUUCUCUCCUGAGGUUCUUACCACUUAUAGAUCAUUACAUGAUCCUUCAUUAGGUGAUUCUUCUCUAUGCAAUGAUGAAGUCCUGCCAACAGAUCAACUGUUGAAGGUUGCCAGUGAUUCUUCAAUUUCAGAUGUCCAUCUUCAUGUCUCUUCCAGUUUAAUAGGUCUCUUUGAGAUAAAUACCAAGGAACUGGGGAAAGGCCUUAAUGUGCCUGGUCCAGGUACAAAUAUAGAGGAGAACUCUAGUCUUUCUUCAGGCAUUGAGGCCAUAAUGACUGCAAGUGGCCUGUCUUCUGAUCCUCCUGGUUCUAAUUGCCUCUUUCCUGAGGGUAACUUGACCUCUGUGCGCGGAGAUGUGAUUGCUUUCCACGGUUUUGACGAAGGUUCUACUGAAUUUUGUUCAAGCUGUGAAGACUUUCAUGAUCUGCCUCACUACAUGUUUUAUGAUGGAACAAAUGGUUGCUGCAUUCAUGUUUCAAUGGCCUGUCAAACUGUGAGGAUUUUUGGAUCUAUUGGCCAUCAUAUUUUCCCUACUGGGUUUGGACCUGGCAUAAAUGCAACAUUUCACCGAAUUCUUGAAUUUCGGGGCCAAAAUACAUUGAUGUUAACGCCUGUAUCAGUUAUUGUGAUAAACUCAAUCAGGACAAUCAAUGAAGCAUACAGAAAAAAGUGUGUCAAUUUAUGGUCGUCUUCAUAUAUGCACAAUGCUCCCUCCACAAAAUUGGUGGCUUCUUCUGGUUUAAUUUCUGAAUUGAUCCAAUGCUCAAAUGGCAAUCUAAAUCAAUUUCGCUGCAGAGUUGUUGCUGUUCAUGUCCUGGUUCUAGAGAAGAGGAAGAGGAAAUGUAAUGACUUGAAAUCGAAUAUGCACUCCAGGCCUCUUAGUGUAGACAUUCCUCUUGCUUGCUUUGUAUUGGUUAAAGUUUUACUAUUAUUCUUCCUGCUUGCACGUUUAGAUGAUGGGUCAUCCUCUUGCUGUUGCUGGGCCAAUGGUGAAAGAGCAGCAACUCUGCUGAGGCUGCAUGAACUCCCACCAUCUGCCUUUGAAGCCAGUGGCUGCAUAGGGAAGUGGGUUGGGAUACAGAACACCACUCGGACCUCCACCAUGUAUCAUCUUGAAAGAAUUUUAGAGAAGCAUGACAGGAUUACUGUCAAAAACACUAGGUCAAUCUGUGAUUCUUUUGAUCAAGAUUUUGCUGUUUCUGUUAGUUCAGGAAGGGUGCUUACUGGCUCAAACGAGGACCUAUACUUCCUGAUAUCAGUUAUUUUCAAUGCAUGCAUCAAUACAUUCUGGACUGUUGUUGCUGGAGUGAUGGAUUCUAAUGCAGUCAGCUUGUUAAAAGAACACCUUGUCGAAAUGGAAAUGCCAAUGCCUUCCAUGCAAAAUUUAUGGGCCACAGAAGUUUGUUAUGUUAAUCAGCUGGCUGAGGCCAGGGACAAGAUCCAAAAACUUGUAAAAAGGUAACUCUUGCUGCUACUAAUAUUUUUGCAAUGUAAUAUCAAAUCCUUGUUCUCUUGAGGUACAUGUAUCGGUUAUGUAAAUGUUGUCCUAAUAUGGUGGCUAUGCUGGUAGUGGCCCCAGCUUUUUGUAUGUAUAUCACCUGAUAGGUCAAUGAGAUAUUACUGAUUUAUAACUUCUGUCCUUUUCAUAUAUGUUUUAAGUCCAUGGUAUCACUUCCUUGAGCUAGUGCCUCGGUACUAGAUUAUCUGGUGUCCAACAAUACAGAAUUUUGUAUUUGGUAAUUUCAAUUUGGGUAGAUGUUCAAUACUCUUUCUUAUUCUAAAGUCUAUAACUCUUCAUUCAUGUAACAAACUCCUGGUCUCUUAAAGACAGUGCUCGAUCAAUACAACAUUCAAAUCAAAUCCUGGUGGUUGAAUGUUGGAAUAAACUACCGAGUUUUGCUUUAGUUUGUUGACAUAUAAUAAUUUUUGCUGUCAUUUACUAUUUAGGUAGCCUUAUGGGCUUUAAAAGAUUUUGGUUACUGCGAUGCUGUAUUAACCCAUUGCCAAGCCAGACGACUGGUGAUCCUUACAUCAUGCUGAAAAUGCAAAUCCACCUCGUUGAUAAUUAAGGUGAAUUUACGAUGUGGAACAAAACUUUGGAUCUAGUCUGAUUAAUAACAUUGGUGAUGCAUAGUACUUGUGACGUGAUUCUCUGUGUGUCACUAAUAAUUUGAGGAUGUGCAGACAGCUGUGGUUGAUUUUUAAAAUGAUUCUGCAAGUUUUAAGGAACUUAAUUGACAUCAUAUGACCAGAAGUAUCAAAUGUCCAUCCAUGGUUUGCUCAAGAAUUGUGUACGGUUGAAUUAUUUUGUGAGGAAUCUAAUGGAGUUGAAGCCUCCAACAUUGGAAUUUAUUGACAACUUGAUCUGCUGCCAAUGAACUAUGGAGGAAGAUGCAUUUGCUUCUCAAGCUGCGUCUGUUGUUGAAUGGGGUUAUCAUCUGUGGUACAGAAAGGCCAGAGGAAAACACCGUCGAUAUCAACCAGCAGGACAUGAUGAAAAAGGUAUUUGUUCGAGCCAUUGAAAGUCAUUCUAUUGGCUGAAUAAUAGUAACAAUGGUAUUAAGAAAUGUUGCAGAUAGCUGGCAAGCUGAUUGGUUAGAUUCAAAAUAAUGUAUCCGUGGUCCUUACUACCAAAAUGGGGUUGGCCACUUGUGUAUGAAAGAGGUAAGGUUAUAAAUAUGAGCAGUGCUUAGUAUGAGAUCUUUGACUCCAUAUGUUACUAGUUUUUAACAGAGCUCAACUACCCAUACCCGCGAGAAUGAGGUCCCCCUCCGCCUCCCCCUCUUCAAAUCUGCAAAAGCCUUUAAGAACUUAUGUACUGGAUUCAUUCGGAUUGGAUGCUGUCCUCGUAAGACUCAGUCUCGGCUAAUCUAUUCCAAGGCUAUCAAAACCAUGAUAUUAUCAGUAAAGUACUUUUGCUUUGCUGAAGAGUUGAAGCAAGCAUCUAUUCAGUAAUUUCUUUGGCUUUACACAGGCUUCUGACUAGGUAUUAGCGUGCAACUUUGCCCUUUUUCAGCUGUUAUAAAGCAGGGAUGGUUGCAAAUUCCAAUGCCACUCCUUUUAAGUUCAAUACUAUCUAACUGACUGGGCCAAAUGAAUUUGGACUGAAGAUUGUACAUAAUCAUCUAUCUUUGAGUGUUAUGGUUCAAACACAAAUCAUAAAUUUUACAUCACAUCGUUUGUGUAUUAAUUGAGUUGACUAUUUAAAUGUUCACUUCCCCUUCAAUAUGUCAGGUGAUUUUUGUGGCUGCAAAAGUUGGGAAGGAAAACGAAGGGGAGAUGGGCUGAGGUGCUCACGCGCUGCUGAGUGAGAGUUAGUGUAAGGGGCUGGAGUUUGUGAAUUGUAUAUAGUUAAGGUUGUUUUCCAUGGUUUCUUACAGGUACCAGAAGAGAACUGCAAAAGCUCAUCGACGUUUUCUGAAAAGGGCUUCUCUCUAGGAAAGGUUUUGGACUUUUACCUUACCCUUUUAGAUUCCCCACCUACUUUUCUGAUUACUUUUGCUCUUUUCCUCGGCCCUUUACUGUCCCUAGGGUUCUCCCAAGGUAUUUUUUUUUUAAUAAACAGUAAAAAACUACCCCACAUCUUUCCCAUUGGUCACCAGUAGUAAGCAGAUCUAUCUCUGAUGUUUAUUCACUCAUUUGUUCAUUUGAAUCCUUCAGGUUCAGGCAUCUUUUCUCUCUCAAACUUUAGGGGGUUAUACUUGAAAAUAUUUGAGAGAGAAAGUGCAUGCUAUUUAAGCUUUUAAGCGCCUUCAUACAAACAGUUUUUGUACCUUCUCUUCCAAGAGAAUCUCUCUCUCUCUCUCUCUUCAGGCCGGAUGGCCUUUUAGACGUCGUUCUAUUGGCCACUUCUUUUCUCCUUGUGCACCUGCAGACACUAAAAAUGUGUAAGGUCUUGUUUCUUUCAAUGACCUGAGCCCUCCACUUUGAAGAUUCUCCCUCGCCUCCCUCCCCUCUCCUCUUCCCACGAAGCCAAAAGAAAAGAAGAAAAACACUUGCCAGAAAGGAAAAAAGAGUUGCAACGUUCUUUUGGUUAUUCUCAAUCAAAUUCUCGUCUACAUCCCUUCCAGACCCUGUACAAUUUCCUCUAUGCUAAAGAGCACACUGGCACUUUGGGCAACAUUUCAAGACUAGAGAGCUGAAAACAAAGUUUACCAGUCCCUCUCUGGGUCAGUGCUAAAAAUGUCAAUGCCACUAGUCCAGCAACCCCCACCGGUGACUGAAACGCAGCCAUACAACUCCCACGCCACCACCCAUGCCUCUAUUGGUCCUGUUAUAGCUGUACUUUUGGUGAUCGUAAUCUUAGGCAUACUCGCAGGCAUGAUCGGACGGCUCUGCACGGGGAGGAAAAUCAUGGGCUAUGGUCAGUACGACAUUGAAAGUUGGAUAGAAACCAAAUGCUCUUCUUGCAUCGACGGUAGGGUAUAUCCUCCCCCACCAAGGGCUAAUGCUUCUGGUACCUCUGUUCCGGCAUCAAUUCAACACCACCCGCAGCAAGAAUCCAAGCAAGAAGAUCAAUCCCCCUCAAACCCCAACACCUAACGUAGAUUCUUAACGUGGGUUCUUGCAUGUACACAGCAUUUUGCUAGAUUGUCGUCGGCUUUUGUUUGUUCACUGUCUGCUAGUCCAGUAAAAGCAGCAAGCUUGGUUUGAGAAGAUUCUGUCGUGGGUUAGGGGAGUUGCUAGAUUUUGAAAUUUGUGUUCUUUAUUUUUAAAUGGAAAUGUUUUGGCUCGUUCA